AUCUCUAUGUUGGGGAGGGGGAAGCAUGUCAUUGGUCGCUGUCUCAGUAGGGCUAUAAAAGUCAGUGCUCUAAUGAUUCUCUUUCCUCUUUCCAGACAUAGAGCCAACAAACAUACAAGGAUCAAGAUCCAUCAUGGUUCACAAAGUAGCAGUGAUCGGGGCAGGACCCUGUGGUCUGACCAGUGUAAAGGCUUGUCUGGAUGAGGGCAUGGAGCCAACCUGCUUUGAAAGCAGUGAUGACAUGGGUGGACUAUGGAAAUUCAAGGAAGUGUCGGAACCAAACAGAGCUAGUAUCUAUCGUUCCCUUACUAUCAAUGUGUGGAAGGAGAUGAUGUGCUACAGUGACUACCCAAUCCCUGCAGACUACCCCAACUACAUGCACCACUCUAAAAUCUUGAAAUACUUCAGGAUGUAUGCAGACCACUUUAAACUACUGCAAUACAUUCGCUUCCAGACCAAAGUGAAGAGUGUGAAACAGAGACCGGACUUUUCUCGCACUGGUCAGUGGGAUGUGGUGACUGAGACUAGAGAUGGAUACGAGGAGAACCACAUCUUUGAUGCCAUUAUCUGCUGCACUGGCCACUUCAACUAUCCUAACCUGCCACUCAAAGACUUCCCAGGAAUUGAGACAUUUGAAGGAAAAUACUUCCAUAGCUGGGACUACAAGGGACCUGAAGACAUGCAUGGGAAGAGAGUUGUGGUCAUCGGCAUCGGCAACUCAGGGGGUGACAUCGCCGUGGAGGGCAGCAGAGUUGCAGAGCAGGUGUAUCUGAGCACUCGUAGUGGUGCUUGGGUCAUUCGUCAGGUUUCUGACAAUGGUCUUCCAGUGGACAGGUUCAACACACGCUUUGUCCAUAUCAUGUUCAGGCUGUUGCCAAUGAGAUUUCUCAAUUGGCUUGGUGAGAAAAAGCUCAACUCCAUGUAUGAUCACGCCAUGUAUGGCCUCAAACCCAAACACAGGCUCUUCAGCCAGAUCCCAGUGAUCAAUGACGAUCUGCCCUUCCGGAUUUUGUCUGGGUCGGUCAUCGUCAAACCAAACAUAAAAGAGAUCAGUGGUUCCACUGUGGUGUUUGAUGAUGGCAGUACUGCAGAAAAUGUGGACUUGAUUGUGUUUGCCACAGGAUAUAACUACGAUUUCCCCUACUUGCCAAAAAAUGCCAUAUACAAGUCUGGGCACCGUAUUGGACUGUACAAACAUGUUUUUCCUCCAAACCUGGAGCAGCCUACCCUAGCUAUUGUGGGUUUUAUCCAUUCUGACGGAGCCAUCAUGCCUCAAGCUGAAAUGCAGGCCCGUUUUGUCACUCGUGUCUUCAAAGGAGAUAAGAAACUGCCCUCAAACCAGGCCAUGAUCAAAGCUGUUGAGAAUGACACCAAGAAGAUUGCAAAAAACUACGUUGUUUCGAAGUUAACACCUCUGCAGGUGGACUUGGUUGAGUACAUGGACGACUUAGCAAAGGACAUUGGAGUGCAACCAAAUCUCCUCUGGCUCUUCCUCACAGACUUCCCACUAUUUAAGAAAGUUCUGUGGGGCCCUGUUACAGCCUACCAGUACCGGUUGAUGGGACCAGGGAAAUGGGAGGGGGCCCGCAAGGCAAUCUUCACUCAGUAUGACCGCAUGUACCAACCUCUAAAAACUAGACAGCUGAAUGCACAACAGGGUUCAACGACAGGUUUCCUGAUCAAGCUUAGCUUGACGUUCAUGGCUGGAGGAGCUGCUAUCUACUACAUCCACCGCAACCCAACCACCAUCUCCACCCUCGUGUCCAAGCUGCGUCCACAAUCAGUGUGAUUGAAUGAGAAACCCAGUACCAGUAUCUCAUCUUGCACCUCCUUUGAUACUUAGGGUUUCAAAAUAAUUUGAGAAAUAACAGUGAAGCUAUUAGCAGACAUUACCAGUCACUAAUUCCCAUAGUUAGUAACACCACACUGAUAACAAUGACAGAGGCUUGACAUGUUGCAUAAAAUACCAUCUUAAGAAGAGCUGUUAAUGUCAUAUACUGACUCGUUUAAGUACUGUAACCAUUUCUAGGGUAACAUACCGUUAGGAUCCUAUGAUUACUUAUCAUUUCUUUGAUAUGCUAAGAGGUUAUACACUGUAAGAUAUUACACCAGAUUAUCAUGUUUUCUGUCAGCAGUAUAUUACAUUAUUAAAGACUUUAAAAGCUGUACUGAAUAAUUUAUAAAUAUUCAGUAUAUGCUCUGAAUUGUUCGUUUUAAUUAUUAAUUUAUAAGUUCUGUUUUUGAUGUGUCUUGGUCUGUUGUAUGAGGUUUAACAAUAUCAGUCUCUGUGAAUCUGUUAACCUCUUAUCAAAUACAAGGUCAUGGGGUCAUCAACAUACUUGGUGUAUGUGAGACAAUGAAAUAAGAUAAAUAUAAAAGAUGUUGUCAAAUUAUUGUAAUUUUGUCAUUAAACUACCUCAGAGCUGUUUGACUGAGAGAAGGCAAAAAUACUUUUGAUCCCCUCAACUAAUAUUGAUGACCUACUACAUUUUCUGUUAGUUAUCUAAAAGAUAUAGUUUGGAAAAUAUUUUAGAAGUCCCUGUCCAUGAAUGUUGUUUUCUGCUAGAGAAAGUAUUUAAAAAAUAAAUAAAUAAAAGACCAAUGAUGAAUAAAUUAAUUUAUUACACUGUCAGAAUCAGAAAGAGUUCAUUGAUGUGAAGACAUGUCUUUUACCUUCUGACCACUGGGGGUCGUUGUUCUACAGCACAUCCAUGACUGUUGCAGGGACAAACACAAACAUCUGCAAGGUGCAAUAUCAAACUGUAAUCUGGGUAUAGUUUUACAAGGAUGAUGAUUUUGUUAAUAACUCUGUAAGUGAUUAUGGUUUUUGUAAUUGUUUCAGCUGUUUACACCUUUGGAUUAUAUCAUCAGAUAAUUCAACAGGCUGAUGUUUUUGGUGUCCUUAAAA